UUUUUUUUUUAAUUAUUUCUUUUUUUUUUUUUCCCUUUCAUCACUAAAAAAAAAAAUGUCAGAGGAUCCUAAAUCUGAGCCAGUGCAUAUAAGAGUGCCGUUAAAUACGCAUCCUUCUCACUUGAAUACACCUGGUACGAGGUAUGGUACAGUCAAUACGGGAACAGGGGGUGAAGAUUUGGCAGGUAGUUAUUAUUACAGUGCAGGGGGAGAAUCCAUGAACAGUACACCGGUAGGCUCUCCCUCUUCUUUACGAGGUCACUUGGAAUCCUUUGCUGGUUCUUAUUCUCGUACCUCUGCACUUUACAUGGCAGAAAAUCUCAGUAUCAACCAUCGACUCAGUUCCAACCCACCCACCCGUCAUGGAGAAGAGGAUCUCGAAUCAGACGACCCUCAUAAUAAUAAUAAUAUCAGAUCCAAAUUAUUACCCAUUGAUUAUACCUUGACUCAAACACUCUCUCAAAGUGCCAGUCAUUUCACAUCCUUAUCUCGACAUACCACCGUUGCAUCCGUUAUCUCUCAACAGUUUAAUACCUCUCAACAACAACAUGAUCCACAUUACACACAAAGUCCUAUCCGAUCCACAUUCAUCCAAUCCAUUUUUAACUCCAUUAAUGUCUUGGUUGGCAUCGGUGUAUUGGCCUUACCCUUGGGUUUUCGUUGUGCAGGUUGGUUCUUUGGUUCCAUCAUCUUUUUCUUUUGUGUCUUUGCUACCAAUUAUACCGCUAAAUUAAUCGCCAAGUGUCUGGACUAUUACCCUAAUUCAACCACCUAUGGUGAUAUGGGUGCCGCUGCUUUCGGUCAUCGUGGUAGAACUUUUGUCAGUACCAUCUUUGUUGUUGAGCUCAUGACCAUUGGUGUGGCUAUGGUGGUCUUGCUGGGUGAUGGUAUUGAGUCCUUGUUUCCAAACAUUGACAUGCUGUCUAUCCGUAUAGGUUCAUUCAUCGUAUUAACUCCCAUGUUAUUCUUACCUAUUCGUAAACUGGCCUAUACAAGUUUAAUCGGUAUCAUUAGUUGUGCCUGUCUUGUCACCAUUGUUCUUUACGAUGGUAUCUCUAAAAAGACCAAGCCUGGAAGUUUAAUCGAACCCAUGGAUACAGAAAUUAUUCCUUCCGUCAUGUACAAUGUACCACUUAGUUUCGGUUUGAUGAUGGCAGGAUUUGCAGGUCAUGCUGUAUUCCCUGCUAUUUACCGUGAUAUGGAAGAACCUAAACGGUAUGAAAGUAUGGUAGAUAUCACUUAUGUGAUUACGGUAGGUGUGUAUAUUACAAUGGCUGUAGCGGGAUAUGCCAUGUUUGGCCUAGACACCAUGACAGAGAUCACGCAAAAUUUAGCUGCGACACCGGGAUAUUCAAAAUGGAUAAACCGUCUUGCGAUUUGGUUGAUUGUAUUAACGCCACUUGCGAAAUAUGGUUUGAUGAUGAAUCCUGUGAGUGUGACCUGGGAGUUAUGGAUCACGAGUUAUGCCAAUGUAGAACUCUGGUGUAAGUAUCAUGGAUGGCGUAGAUCCUUUUUAGGUGCUGUAGGUCGUAUUUUAGCAAGUACCGUGGUUGUUCUUGUAGCUACAGUUUUUCCAGGCUUUGACCGUGUGAUGUCGUUGUUGGGGGCGUUGUUCAGUUUUGGUAUUUCCGCUAUUUUCCCUCUUGUUUGUUAUCUUCGAUUGUUUGGAGAGGAUUUAGGAUUCAAGGAUAAAAUGUUGAUUUAUAGUAUAUUAUCUGUCUCGGUUGUCAUGGCUGCUUUAGGAACCGUCUGGAGUUUCUUACCCAAUAACCUUUAACUCAUUUUUCUUUCUCAUGAUUAGCAUUUAGACAACAAAAAUUUUUUUAAAAAAAAGAAUUACAAACAUUAUAUUAUUCUUAAAAAAAAAAAUGGUGAUAUAAUAAAAAGAUUAAAAA